AUGUCUUCUCCUAUGACAACUCCUUCAAAGAAAGCCACCCGGGCCAAAAAUUCGAGCUCUAAGCCCGCCACCCCAAAGAUCCCACGCGAUGCGGAUUCAUCCGACAACAGAAUCCUCGCUAAUGUGCUGAGAUCCUUUGAUCCUGAUGCAAAGAAGAUCGAUCUGCAUGAGUUCGCGGCCCUCAUGGGAUACACCAAUGUGCGUUCCGCCGGCAAUACCUUCAGUCGGCUGCGCAAGGCCCAUGGUCUGAAGGUCGAGGGAUACAUGACUCGGGCCAAGAACUCUACCAAGGUUACCAAGCCUGGAAAUGGCACCAACACCAGUCUUGACAACGCAAUUGAGGCUGAUGUCAGUGACGACAACCUUCCAUUGUCUGAUGAUGAUGACGUCCCUGACAACGAGUUGUCCAAUGGAGACACCUCUAAUGCUCAGGAUGAGCUGUAG